AUGAUGAAUCAAGGCCGCUCUUCUCCUACUGAGUUUGGCAAGUUGAUGGCAGAAUCGGCCUUUUUCAUGUGUCCGAGCGGAAUGGAGGGUUACGGCCACUACAUAAACCAGGCGCGUGCCAGUGGCGGUCUCAUUGUGUCGACUAACUUGCCGCCCAUGAACGAGCUGUUGACUCCUGCGUCUGGUGUUCUCAUUACAGUGAAGCGCCAAGCGCAUAAGGAGCAGAUGCUCGGAGGCAAGUUCGAGGGGGAGCAUGGCUUGAAAGGGGUUGAGGGGUACGCUGGAAUCGUGAAGGGUUCCGGUGUAUGCCAGGCUGUCGACAAAGUGCUGACUAUGACCUCGGCUGAACGUGAGAAGAUGGGAGCACGAGCAAGGAGGCAGUAUUUCGUAGACAUGAAGUUUCUCGCUUCAAAGAUGAAGGAGCUGCGGGAACUUGCGCGUGGAAUUGGAACUUCUCAGUUUCGGUCUGUUGAUGCGGCAUAA